CACUGCCCGCGCGCCACCGCCGCCAUCAUGCUCCGCUGGCUGCCCCGGGCCCGUGUCCCCGCCCCGCCGCCCGCCGCCGCCGCCCGCUCCCUGGUGACGUAAGGCCUGGCCGCACGCGGGGCGGAGGCGGCGGGAGGGGUCCCGGGAGGAGGCGAGGGGCCGUUACCCGGGGCUGGUGCCCCCCCGGGCCACGGCCCCAGUCUAGGCCCCGCCCCUAGCGCCCAUCUAGGGGGUGCCGCCCCGCCCCCAUGCCGCUAGGACAGCCCUUUGGCCACGCCCCUGCACCCCCGGCCACGCCCUCAGACACUCGCAUCCUUGGCCACGCCCCCGCCCCUGCACACCCGGCCCGCCCAGCGCCCCCCGCAUCCCUGGCCACGCCCCCUCCCCCGCAUCCCCGGCCCGCCCAGCGCCCCCCGCAUCCCUGGCCACGCCCCCACACCCCCGGCCCGCGCAGCGCCCCCGCAUCCCUGGCAACGUCCCCGGCCCCGCACCCCCGGCCCGCCCAGCGCCCUCUCCCCCGCAGCGCCGUGCCGCUGGCCUACGUGGAGAUGGGGGGCCGCGGGGACCGGCUGCCCCUGGUGCUGCUGCACGGGCUCUUCGGCAGCGCCAGCAACCUACAGUCGGUGGCCAAGGCGCUGGCAUGCCGCGGCAGCCGCAAGGUGCUGAUGCCGGAUGCCCGGAACCACGGCAGCAGCCCCGGCAGCCCGCUGAUGACCUACGAAGCGAUGAGCCUGGACGUGCAGCAUCUCCUGGACCGCCUGGGCAUCACCAAGUGCAUCGUCCUGGGACACAGCAUGGGGGGCAAGACGGCCAUGACGCUGGCCUUGCAACGGCCAGACCUGGUGGAGCGCCUCAUCUCCGUAGACAUUAGUCCUGUCUUAACUUCACACAUCUCUGAAUUCUCUGCCUACAUCUCUGCCAUGAAGUCGGUGAAGAUCCCGGAUGGCCUGGCCCGCUCUGCGGCCCGCCAGCUGGCUGAUAAUCAGCUGCGUGAGGUGGUCCAGCUCCCGCAGCUGAGACAGUACCUCCUCACCAACCUGCUGGAGGUGGAGGGCCGCUACGUCUGGCGGGUAAACCUGGAGGCCAUUUCCCACCACUUGGCAGAUAUCAUAAACUUCCCCAUCUUCCACAAGCCAUAUCCUGGCCCUGCACUCUUCUUGAGAGGGUCCAACUCGCCCUAUAUCAGCUCCAAACACUACCCAGAGAUCCAGCGCCUUUUCCCCAAGGCAGAUAUCCAGGACAUUGAAGGUGCAGGCCACAUAGUCCAUCAGGAUAAAUUUGAAGAAUUAGUCACGGCUGUCCUCAAUUUCCUGCCACCACUGUAGCACUGAGGACCAGGGUUUCUGCAAAUGCCACGUGGGACCUAAGGAGCUCUGGGCCAUGGUGCGGGGCUCUGUGAGGAGGGGCUCAGUCUGCCCAUCCUGUGCAGCCUGUCCUGCCUGCACUGGAGUGCCCCAGAGGUUAGGAGGGGGCAGCGCUCUCAUUUUCCUGCUGCCAGACCACCUGGUUGUGGAUCUGGCUGUGACUUUGCAGAACAUGCAAUAAAGCUGAAUCCAUGCCAAGGCAUAAAA